CAUAUUGUAGGUUAUGUGCCUGUUGUAGCGUGUACGCGGUCCGACUGCAAAGACAGAUUCUGUCUGUUUAGAAAAAAAUCGUCUUUACCGCAAUGUUUAGAGACGGCCGAAUCCGUCGGAAUUAGUAAUAAUAUCGAAUUACGGUCGAGCUUUUCUCCGCUGCAUUACAGGUGGUCUCGUGAAUGUGGUGGAACGAUUGUUACAGUUUUUAAAUUGAAAUCAGUGUGACAGCUACAGCAGUGUAUCAUAUAUCAUGUUGUCCGAGUCGUCGUACAGCGGUGAAAUGGAAAAACGGCCACUGCUCUCGUCCAAAAAAAUACCCAUCAGGCGUUCGCUAUUGGCGAGUUUUCUUGCUUCCGUGAUGUCAUUUGCUUCGGGGACCGUGGUUGGUGGCUGGACGGCUCCGCAGCAUCCCGAAUCCGUUGGAGAGAUGAUGUUCAUGAUGAACUCCAUGGAAAUAUCGUCAUGGGUCGUUUCCAUUUACCUGAUUGGCGCGCUCCUGGGUGCACUUCCGGCCGGCCAGUUAUCCCGCUCCAUCGGCCGCAAGAAGUUCCUGCUGUUGCUCGCAAUUCCCAUGACGCUUGGAUGGCUAUUGAUCACGAUCUUCGUGAAUCACGUGUCCUUGAUUCUAGUCGGACGUUUCCUGUGCGGACUGUCGCUGGGUGCCGUCACGGUGGCUGUGCCACUGUACAACUACGACGUGGCGCCAGACGUGUGCCGCGGCCGUGGUGGCGUGUUCCUCGACUUCAUGCUGUGCGUGGGCAUCCUGUACUCAUACGUGUCCAGCGCCCUGCUGGGCCUCCGCAUGUUCGCGUUCACCUGCGCCCUCUUUCCCCUAGUGUUCUGCGUCCUUUUCUGGCGCAUGCCCGAAUCGCCGCUGUACCUGUACAGCCGAGGGCGCUUCGUGGACGCCAAAGCAGCCCUCAGAUGGCUGCAGGGAGACGACUGCGACGUUUCCGCCGCAUUCGACGAGUACGCGAAACUGCAGACGGAAGACGAUGUGCUUCCCGCCGACAAGGAAUCGCAAUCCCCAGGAAGGAAGAGAGCUUUCGUGAAAGCAGUUGUCUUGUCCUUGUUGUUGGCCACCGUGCAGAGGAUGUCCGGCGCCGGAGCCAUCAUACAGUACACGGCGAAACUUUUCAGCAUAUCGGGAUCGUCGGUGGCGCCAAACACGGCUUCCAUAAUAACCGGAGUUUUCCAGCUGAUCGGUUCUGGCAUCACCAUUUUCCUCAUCGACCGGGUGGGCCGCCGAAAACUUCUACUCGUCUCGUCAUCAGUCGUGGUGGCGUGCUUGGCCAUGUUGACUCUAUACUUCUAUUUCUUGAAUAAAGGCAUGUUGGAGAACUCCUUGAAAAUACUACCGAUAGUCAUAGUAUGCACGUUCAUUUCGUUCUUCAGGCUCGGGCUGGGACCGAUACCGUGGUUCAUUACCACCGAGCUUAUCGGAGCCGAUCACUCUAAUCGCGCCCAGUCUUGCAUAGUCUCGUACUCGUGGAUAUUGUCGUUUGUAGUGAUGAAAACAUUUGUCAUGCUGGUCGACGAGUGGCCAGUGGCCUUGUGGCUUGGUUACACCGUCAUAUCAGUUGUCGGCUAUCUAUUCGUAUUGUUUUUCGUACCUGAAACCAACAACAAGAGUGCUGAUGAAAUCCGCCUGUCACUAGCAAAAACGUAUCAAAUAAAUUCGUCCUGAUUAUUUUGUAUUAAUAAAAUUUAAUAACAUAAAUUAAAUUAAAUAAUAUUUUUUUUAUAUAUUUUAUAUAUUUUUUUACAUUAUAUAUUUUUACUACUGUUCUAAAUAAUGCGUACAUUAAUUUUUUUUGUCAAUUUUAUUUGUUUACAUGUGGUUGUACUUUUUUUAUUUUUAGGUGUAUGCUCCUUAUUUAUAUAGGUAAACGAUUAUAGUUAAAUUAAGUUAUUAUAAUAUUACAUUUUUUUUUUGUGAACUGUGUUAAAUACGCAAUACACGAUACUGGUCAUGAAUACCAGAAUACUGCCCUUAUUUUAAGGUAAUGUUCCAUAUAAUAAUAUUCUGUUAUACAAAUAAAAUAUAACUACAUUCGUCAAUUAUA